CAGGGUUGAUCGAUAGCGGCAAACCAUUACUCAUACUAUGUGAAACAGCCUGCCGCCAUUUUGGAGACGGGAACUGCGGAUUAUCGUGAUUUCAGCAAAACGGUCUGCAUGGAUCCACCGCGUCGUCCUAGCUACGGCUACGACCAGAGUACUGGAAAGAAAGCCUACUGGUCACCACCGUACGCCUCAGAACAGAACCCAGAGACAAUCAAGGUCGUCCAGCCCCGAGAUGGGAAUCCAGACUACUCGAUGUCCAAGGCCAUGAUCCCAAGCAUCCUGAUGAUACUCUUUGGGGGAACCAAUUUCGUGGCUUUCCUCACCUUCGCCGGCUUCUCGUUGAUGUUCCAUGCCGAGUUCUUUGUUGGUUCUGUGGUGUAUAUGGCCACUGGAAUCGUUGGUGUCGUGGGGUCGCUGAAGAAGCAGCGCUUGAAGGAGGUGGUCGUACUGCUCCUUAUUGGAGGUGUCGGAUCUCUUUGUAUGGGAAUUUCUCAGGUCGUCCUGAGAUCGGAACUCCUCUCCAUUGAGAGGUACCUCUACAAAAGCGACCCCAGGGAAGCCCCGUUCAUGAUUGGCUUCUCGAUCAUCCUGUUGAUGAUUUCCCUUGUCACCAUUGGCGUCUCUAUCGCUCUCAUCAUCAUCCCGAGCAAGCUGGUGUGUUCGUGUUGGAGACGAGACGAGUAAUGUACGAGUACAUGUAAGAGGCCUGGAAUUUCCAACUUGAAAUCACCGUGAAAAUUCACACAAACAAUUUUGACGUGCUCAUUUUCCAAAUUUCUGAAUUGAUUACUUGAUCUUGCUGUUGCAUGUUGAUGCACUAGUGUAUAAUAGGCAGCUGCUGAUAUUUUGGAAGUAUCAACAUUGGAAACAAAAAUACUAAACAUAUCAACUUCAUUUUAAUGAUAUUUCAGUUAUAUUGUAGUAUCUGUGGUAUUGUGUUGUGUUAAUACUCAUUUAUUGUUGCGUGUCAAAUCAAGAACGAUACAAGUAUGAUAUACAUGUAUGGUACUCGACAGUUACAGAUUAUGAACGACGAAGUCUGUGGUGUCAUCAGGUCCUGUAAAUUCAUCUACGCGACACUAAAUCAUCUUUUAUACUUAGGAGCCAUCGGGAAUUUUGUUUUUCAAAUCGUUGAUCGUCGAUGAAACCCAUUAUCUUCUUCGUACUUCGUCAUUCGUAGCUCUUCGUAAGGCUUACAUACAUGUAUACGGUCAUGUUCCAGAUAUGACACGGAGGUACCGAGCCUUUAAAUUUACGAGACCCAGUACGUCAGGUAGUCUAGUUUUUGGAUUUAUGACUGUUUUGUCACUUGUUUAUGUGUUCCAUUUACUUUGCCAUAUUUACAUCGUUAUUUUUUGUGAUAUUUGAAUCAUGUAUAUACCAUUUCAUGAAUUAACAGUGCUAGUCAUAUUCCCUUCCUUGACUAUAAUAUUGCACCACUGUUGAAAUUUACUUACCAUGUUAGCUAUCUGCUGCUACGUGUAUGCCUAGUCUAUUCUUCCAGAGAAAUAUAUGCGUACUUGAAAGCACACUUGAUAGCUCGUUGUAUGGUUGUAAAGACGCACUUAAAAAUAGAUUACCCGAGUGUUAGAUUCGAAGUCCGUCCAGUUCGGCCACAACAUCGGACGGGUUUUCCGUGAUGUUCCAAAUUCCUGCCAUGAUAUUUUAUAUUUUGUCAUUCAUCUAUUAAAAAGGAUGUUCUUCAACCAUGAACGUGAAACAGGCACAGCGAGUCCGUCCAAUUUAUUUGGUACAGUAUACAUUAGUUAUCACACAUCUUUUAUGAUUUUAUGAAUGCGGGAAGAAAGGCGAAAUGUUAAAUUUCUGAAGCAAAACAUUUUACGACUUUCAUCAAUUUUUUUUCUAUCAAUCAAAUAUUAACGGAAUGCAUAUUGUUUUCAUUACAAAAAAAACGCUGAAACGCACAAAGAAAGUAAAGGAAUUUUGGUGUCUUUAAUUGAUUUCACGUAAAAUAGCAAUUGAUAUCAAUUUCUCCCGCCCACAUAAAGUUUAGAUGUAUAUAAGAAGGAUAUAAACAGUACGUGUAUGUCUACCAAUUGGUGCAUUUGUUUUUAAGUUUAUUUGCUGUAUUUACUGUAGCGAUAUUGCAAUUCAUUCCAUGGCAAAUAAAGUUUUGAUAUUCAAUCGAA